CGGAGCCUCCGCCCCCUCGGCCUCCUCUCAGGCCUGGGGCCCCUCAGGCGCUGUGGUAGGAGGGGCGGUGCAAGUCUGCGAGAAGGGCACCCUGGGGAGCGGAGGAAGCCGGUGACUGAGGCAGGGAAAGGUUACAAGCUGCCCUUGGUCGGGCAGGGGAGCAGCUGCACCGCGUCUCGGCCGGGAGUAUGGCCGCCUCUGGAGUCCGAGGCCUGCGGGCCAGCUACCACCGCCUACUCGACAAGGUGGAGCUGAUGCUGCCGGAGAAGCUGAGGCCCCUUUACAACCACCCAGCAGGUCCCAAAACUGUGUUUUUCUGGGCACCAAUAAUGAAAUGGGGGUUGGUUUGUGCUGGAUUGGCUGACAUGGCCAGGCCUGCAGAAAAACUCAGUACCGCACAAUCUGCUGUAUUGAUGGCUACAGGGUUAAUUUGGUCAAGAUACUCCCUUGUUAUUAUUCCUAAAAACUGGAGUCUAUUUGCUGUUAACUUUUUUGUUGGUGCCGCAGGAGCCUCUCAGCUCUUUCGUAUAUGGAGGUAUAAACGGGACCUAAGAGCUAAAGAAGAUUUGUAAAGGACUCUUGAUCUGCUGAACAAAUCCAGAAGCAGUUAUCACCACCAAAGGGACCUAGUUUGAUUAAUUUUAUUAUUUGGUUUUCAAAAAGAUAAUGCUAACAAUGUUAAUGUUCUGCAGAUAAGACUGAAAAAAUAGCUAUUAUAUAUAGUACCUUGAUUGAAAUGAAAAUAAAAUACAUUUUAGUAAUGUUUUA